AUGACGUGUUAUUUUGUAUCACCAGCGACACCCAGCGCGUCAUCGCACGCAUGCCCGGCUGUGUAUGACCAUCUCUCAUCCGUCCACCGACGUGUUGCAUCACCUCAACAAGAUCAACCAUGGCCGAAGACAUCCCUCCUUGACCUCCUGCGACGCCUUCCCCCUACUCGCGUCGAGCAGAAUGUCGAGACGCUGUGCGAGCUUGCGCCCGACUACGCCGAGGACCUACUCGGUAACGUCGACCAGCCGCUGAAAGUCAUGCGCGACGAGGCCUCGAGCCGCGACUUUCUGUGCUGCGACUACAACCGCGACGGCGACAGCUUCCGCUCCCCAUGGUCGGACAGCUACAUCCCCCCCUCGCCCGGCGGACCGCAGCCCAGCGCCCGCCUGCGCCAGGUGGAAGUCCAGCUCAACGCCGCGUUUGACACGUACCGCGAAAUGUACUUUGAGGGGGGAGUGAGCUCGGUGUACCUCUGGGACCAGGACGAGGAGCCCAGCAUGACCAAGGACAUGAGCUUUGCCGGUGUCGUGCUUCUGAAGAAGGUGCUCCCCGCUGAUUCUGGACUGUCGGGAUCGUGGGACUCGCUGCACGUGUUUGAAUGCGUCGAGCGCGGCCGCAGCGCGCGGUACAAGCUCACAUCGACGGUCAUCCUCGUUCUCGACACCAAGACGACGGCUGGCAACGGCAAGGGAGACGUGACGCUCAGCGGCAGCAUGACGCGCCAGGGCGAGUUUGACGCAAACCUCACAAGCACGGCGGGACACGUGCCCAACCUCGGCCGUUUCGUCGAGGACAUGGAGAUCAAGAUGCGCAACCUCCUCUCGGCGGUGUACUUUGGCAAGACCAAGGACGUCAUUGGCGAGCUGCGUUCCCAGUCGGGCGCCGAGGCCAAGAGCGCCGAGGAGAGGCUCCGCGCCGAGCUUGCCGGCCGGCUGGCGGGUCGCCGCUGA